CUACACAUCCGGGCCACUGUUACUAGUGAGGGGAAGAUGGCGGCCGCAGCGGUGGUGGUUCCCGCAGAGUGGAUAAAGAACUGGGAGAAAUCAGGGAGAGGCGAAUUUUUGCAUUUAUGCCGGAUUCUCAGUGAAAAUAAAAGCCAUGACAGUUCGACUUACAGAGAUUUUCAACAAGCUCUCUAUGAGUUGUCAUACCAUGUCAUUAAAGGAAAUUUAAAGCAUGAACAGGCAUCUAGUGUUCUUAAUGAUAUUAGCGAAUUUCGUGAGGAUAUGCCUUCUAUUCUUGCUGAUGUAUUCUGCAUAUUAGAUAUUGAGACAAAUUGUUUAGAAGAAAAAAGCAAGAGAGACUAUUUUACACAAUUGGUAUUAGCAUGUUUGUAUUUAGUUUCAGACACAGUUCUGAAGGAACGUUUGGACCCAGAAACUUUGGAGUCAUUAGGGCUAAUCAAGCAGUCACAGCAGUUCAAUCAAAAAUCAGUUAAAAUCAAGACAAAACUCUUUUAUAAGCAGCAAAAAUUCAAUUUAUUAAGAGAAGAGAAUGAAGGUUAUGCCAAGCUGAUUGCUGAAUUGGGGCAAGAUUUAUCUGGAAAUAUUACUAGCGAUUUAAUAUUAGAAAAUAUCAAGUCUUUAAUAGGAUGCUUUAAUCUGGAUCCCAAUAGAGUUUUGGAUGUAAUUUUAGAAGUGUUUGAAUGCAGACCAGAACAUGAUGACUUCUUUAUAUCUUUAUUAGAAUCUUACAUGAGUAUGUGUGAACCACAAACACUGUGUCAUAUUCUUGGAUUCAAAUUCAAGUUUUACCAGGAACCAAGUGGUGAGACUCCCUCGUCUUUAUACAGAGUUGCAGCAGUGCUUCUGCAAUUUAAUCUCAUUGAUUUAGACGAUCUUUAUGUACACCUUCUUCCAGCUGAUAAUAGCAUUAUGGAUGAAUACAAACGAGAAAUUGUGGAAGCUAAGCAAAUUGUAAGAAAACUCACAAUGGUUGUAUUGUCUACUGAGAAACUUGAUGAACGAGACAAAGAAAAGGACAAAGAUGAUGAAAAAGUAGAGAAGCCACCUGACAACCAAAAACUUGGUUUGUUGGAAGCCUUGUUAAAGAUCGGUGAUUGGCAGCAUGCACAGAACAUCAUGGAUCAGUUGCCUCCAUACUAUGCAGCUUCACAUAGACUAAUAGCUCUUGCUAUUUGCAAGCUCAUUCACAUAACUGUUGAGCCUCUCUACCGAAGAGUUGGUGUUCCUAAAGGUGCUAAAGGCUCACCUGUUAGUGCUUUGCAAAACAAGAGAGCACCAAAGCAGGUAGAGAGCUUUGAAGACUUGAGGAGGGAUGUAUUCAACAUGUUCUGUUACCUUGGUCCUCACCUUUCUCACGAUCCCAUUUUAUUUGCAAAAGUCGUGCGCAUAGGCAAGUCAUUUAUGAAGGAGUUUCAGUCUGAUGGAAGCAAACAAGAAGAUAAAGAAAGAACGGAAGUUAUCCUUAGCUGUUUGCUUAGCAUUACUGACCAGGUAUUACUUCCAUCUCUUUCUUUGAUGGACUGCAAUGCUUGCAUGUCUGAGGAACUAUGGGGAAUGUUUAAGACAUUUCCCUAUCAGCAUAGAUACCGUUUGUAUGGCCAGUGGAAGAAUGAAACUUAUAACAGUCACCCACUUUUAGUAAAAGUUAAAGCUCAAACAAUAGACAGAGCCAAGUAUAUCAUGAAGCGUCUAACCAAGGAAAAUGUGAAGCCUUCAGGAAGACAAAUUGGCAAGUUGAGCCACAGUAAUCCAACCAUUUUGUUUGAUUAUAUCUUGUCACAAAUACAGAAAUAUGAUAACUUAAUAACACCUGUAGUAGAUUCAUUGAAAUACCUCACUUCAUUGAAUUAUGAUGUCUUGGCCUAUUGUAUCAUUGAAGCUUUAGCUAAUCCAGAAAAGGAGAAAAUGAAACAUGAUGACACAACCAUCUCUAACUGGCUUCAGAGUCUGGCUAGUUUCUGUGGUGCAGUUUUCCGUAAAUACCCGAUUGAUCUUGCUGGUCUUCUUCAGUAUGUAGCCAAUCAGUUAAAGGCAGGCAAAAGCUUUGAUCUAUUAAUAUUGAAAGAAGUGGUACAAAAAAUGGCAGGAAUCGAAAUUACGGAGGAAAUGACAACAGAGCAAUUAGAGGCCAUGACUGGUGGGGAGCAGCUAAAGGCUGAGGGUGGUUAUUUUGGCCAGAUCAGAAACACUAAAAAAUCUUCUCAGAGAUUAAAGGAUGCACUACUCGAUCAUGAUCUUGCUCUUCCUCUCUGUUUACUUAUGGCUCAGCAGAGGAAUGGGGUAAUUUUUCAAGAGGGUGGAGAAAAACACUUGAAACUUGUGGGAAAGCUGUAUGACCAGUGUCAUGAUACCCUAGUACAGUUUGGUGGGUUUUUAGCAUCCAAUCUAAGUACAGAAGAUUAUAUAAAGCGAGUGCCUUCAAUUGACGUGCUCUGUAAUGAAUUUCAUACACCUCACGAUGCAGCAUUUUUUCUGUCUAGGCCAAUGUAUGCACACCAUAUUUCGUCAAAAUACGAUGAACUUAAAAAAUCAGAAAAGGGAAGUAAACAGCAACAUAAAGUCCAUAAAUACAUUACAUCAUGUGAGAUGGUGAUGGCUCCUGUCCAUGAAGCAGUGGUCUCCUUACACGUUUCCAAAGUCUGGGAUGAUAUCAGCCCUCAGUUCUACGCUACAUUUUGGUCAUUGACAAUGUAUGACCUUGCAGUUCCACAUACCAGCUAUGAAAGAGAAGUCAAUAAACUUAAAGUCCAGAUGAAAGCGAUUGAUGACAAUCAGGAAAUGCCUCCAAAUAAAAAGAAAAAAGAGAAGGAACGCUGCACAGCCCUUCAGGACAAGCUUCUUGAAGAAGAAAAGAAGCAGAUGGAACAUGUUCAGAGAGUUCUUCAGAGACUAAAAUUGGAAAAAGACAACUGGCUUUUAGCAAAGUCAACCAAAAAUGAGACCAUCACAAAAUUUCUACAGCUGUGUAUAUUUCCUCGCUGCAUUUUCUCAGCAAUAGAUGCUGUGUACUGUGCUCGUUUUGUUGAAUUGGUACAUCAACAGAAAACUCCAAAUUUUUCCACACUUCUUUGCUACGACCGAGUAUUUUCUGACAUAAUUUACACAGUUGCAAGCUGUACUGAAAAUGAAGCUAGUCGGUAUGGGAGAUUUCUCUGCUGCAUGUUAGAGACGGUGACCAGGUGGCAUAGUGAUAGAGCCACAUAUGAAAAGGAAUGUGGAAACUAUCCAGGAUUCCUUACCAUAUUACGGGCAACUGGAUUUGAUGGUGGAAAUAAAGCUGAUCAAUUAGAUUAUGAAAAUUUUCGACAUGUUGUACAUAAAUGGCAUUACAAACUUACCAAGGCAUCGGUACAUUGCCUUGAGACAGGCGAAUAUACUCACAUCAGGAAUAUAUUGAUUGUGCUAACAAAAAUACUUCCUUGGUACCCAAAAGUUUUGAAUCUGGGUCAGGCCUUGGAAAGAAGAGUGAAUAAAAUAUGCCAAGAAGAAAAAGAAAAGAGGCCAGAUCUAUAUGCAUUGGCUAUGGGCUACUGGGGGCUGUUGAAAUGUAGAAAGUCACACAUGAUACCUGAAAAUGAAUUUCAUCACAAAGACCCUCCUCCAAGGAAUGCUGUUGCCAGUGUACAAAAUGGGCCUGGUGGUGGGACUUCUUCAUCAUCCCUAGGAAGUGCAUCUAAAUCGGAUGAAAGUGGUACUGAGGAGACUGAUAAACCAAGGGAGAGAUCUCAGUGUGGUACAAAAGCUGUUAAUAAGGCUUCUAGUACCACACCAAAAGGGAAUUCAAGCAAUGGAAAUAGUGGCUCUAACAGCAACAAAGCUGUUAAGGAAAAUGACAAAGAAAAAGUGAAAGAGAAAGAUAAAGAGAAAAAAGAAAAGACUCCAUCUACAACUCCAGAGGCCAGGGUACUUGGUAAAGAUAGUAAAGAAAAACCAAAGGAAGAGCGGCCAAAUAAAGAUGAAAAAGCAAGAGAGACAAAGGAAAGAACGCCUAAGUCUGACAAAGAGAAAGAAAAAUUCAAGAAGGAAGAAAAAGCUAAAGAUGAGAAAUUCAAGACCACCAUCCCCAGUGUUGAAUCAAAAUCGACUCAAGAAAGAGAAAGAGAGAAGGAGCCAUCCAGAGAAAGAGAUGUAGCAAAGGAAAUGAAGUCAAAGGAAAAUGUUAAAGGAGGAGAAAAAACACCAGUUUCAGGGUCCUUGAAGUCACCUGUUCCCAGAUCAGAUAUCUCGGAAUCUGAAAGGGAACAAAAACGUCGCAAAAUUGAUACUCAUCCUUCUCCAUCACAUUCCUCCACAGUAAAGGUUACAGACAUACUUCCCAAAGUUCCUCUGGGUUCUGAGAACUAUGCCAGCUCACCUGUCAUCUCCAUUCAUUUUCUACAGGACAGUCUCAUCGAUCUCAAGGAAUCUUCAUCAAAGCUCUACAUUAAUCAUACUCCUCCACCACUGUCCAAGAGUAAGGAGAGAGAAAUGGACAAGAAAGAUUUGGACAAGUCAAGGGAAAGAUCCAGAGAAAGAGAGAAAAAAGAUGAAAAGGACAGGAAAGAGCGGAAAAGGGACCACUCAAACAAUGACCGUGAAGUGCCACCGGACAUAACAAAGAGGCGGAAAGAGGAGAAUGGAACAAUGGGGGUUUCAAAACACAAAAGUGAGAGUCCAUGUGAGUCUCAAUAUCCAAAUGAGAAAGACAAAGAGAAAAAUAAGUCAAAAUCUUCAGGCAAAGAAAAAGGCAGUAGUGAUUCGUUUAAAUCUGAGAAGAUGGAUAAAAUCUCCUCUGGUGGCAAAAAGGAAUCCAGGCAUGAUAAAGAAAAGAUAGAAAAGAAAGAGAAACGGGAUAGUUCAGGAGGAAAGGAAGAGAAGAAACAUCAUAAGUCCUCUGACAAGCACAGAUAAUGAACACUUUCAACCAAGGGUGUGGACAGACCCCUAAGCUGAACGUCUCCCCGAGGAGGAUGCCAAAGCUCCAUGAGUCACUCUCAGAAUAAUAUCUCCCAUAAUUAAGAGCUUCUGGUGCUGUCCAUUUUAUGGGAAUCUGCUUUAAGUCAGAAGAUAUAUACACACCACCAUCCUUUUGACGAGACAUUCCAAAGUCACUGAUUUUCAGAACAUUAUUUUCACCUGCUGGCAAUUUCUUGGAGCAAGGUCCCUGUGCAUACAAUUUUUACUUGAGAUAUGCCAUCCAGAAGCAGCAUCUAAUGAAAAAUUCACUAACUGACUUUCAGUUCACCCUUCUUUCUCAGAAAGGAGAGGAAAUUGCCUCCUGGAACCAAUUCCUUAAUAAUGUAGAUAGGUUGCCUUUGUGUGUGAACUCUAUAAGUGUGAAAACAUUGGGAUGAUUAUGUUGUUUGGAGGGUUUUGGCUUCUUGUAAAAAUUUUAAUUUUAAUUCUAAUUCCUGGGAAAGAUCUUUAUAUGUUUUAACAGCAACAACAUUUUUAUCCUUUAAUGUACUCUUAAAUAUGUCAUUAAAAGUUUCCUUGUCCUUAAGGAAUUAUCAUAAUGUGACAUCAUCAUGAUUGAGACCCCAUUUCUUACUCUGAUUAUGAUCAUGUGGCUACCAUGAUGUUCUUUUUUCUUGGAACAUUACAUAGACUUUAUCAUGAUCAAAGACCCAUUUCUUAUUUGUUUUCAAUCUAAAAAACUGAGAUGCAGUCACCAUUUGAAAGUGGACAAUUCAGUGCUCUUUAGUAUAUCACUGUGUGGUGCAGUCAUCACCAUAGUCUAAUCUCAGAGCAUUUCCCUUACCUGCAAAAGAAGCCCCAUGCAGGUUACCAGUCACUUUUAACUUCUCUUUCUCCAGCCACUGGAAGCUACUGACACAUUUUCUGUCUAUCCAUUUGCCUGGUUUGGGACAUUUCAUAUAAAUGGAAUCGUGCAAUAUCAUGUCCUUUGGGGCCAGGGUUCUUUCAACUACCAUCAUGUUAUCAAAAUUUAUCCAUGGUGUAGCAUGUGUCAACAAUCCAUUCCUUUUUAUGGUUAAAUAUUCCAUAGAAUGAAUGUGUAUCAUGUUUUGUUUACCCAUUUAUCAAUUGAUGGACAGGAACGAUUAUUUUUUUAAGUGUUAAAAGUGUAAGUUCAACGUCAGUGUAUCCAAAAUUAUAAUUGAUGAUGUCAAGAUUAUACAUGGUAUGCACAGAAUGCUGUGUAGAAAUGAUGUAUAAAUUAUUUGUCAGCAUUUCAUGCAAGUGUGAUUAUUUUCUAAGGCCCCUUCUAGUAUGAUUUUAGGAACUGUGUGAAUGUAGUAUUUUCAUUAAUAAAGUUUAAUGCAUUAAGCAUUAAUUUAAAAUUUGAGAACAAUGUUAGGCAGAUAUGAAAUUAUUUGCCACAUGCUGUAAUGAUUAUGUUUUGAAUUUAUUUCAUUAUGCAGUAUUUGAAAAAUGUCUACAUAAAGGAAAGGAAAUGAGUAUAAUUGAGUCAAUAUAUUUUUAAAGCAAUUUUUAUAAUUUAGCAGACAUUGCAUCUUAAUAUAAUUCACUAUUAAAAUUGUGUCCUUGUGAAAAAAAAUGGAUGUCAUUUUUCUGUUUCUUUUGGCUAAUCAUGUAAAAUAGGUUCCUUUCCUUUGCUACAUGUUCUGUUUAUUUUUGAUACAUUAUUCCUUGCGCCUAUAGAGUGUUGUACCUGUUAUUCUUUUAAUAUUUUUCUCUGUAUUCCACAAACCUUCUACCUUUCAUACACAGAAAAUAGAAAAUGUUCAGUGUUUCUUAAAAUUCACAGUGUCUUAAUGUUUUCUAAGAAUGGACAAAGACAAAUAUUUCAUCAUUUUCUGCGAACUUCAUCCAGGCCUUUGUUAUUGACAGAAUUCACUGAGGUUUCUUCCUGAAUGGUUUUUUUCCGUCUUUUCUUUCCCAUCUGUCACUCUCUGGCCCUUCCUCUCUGUCUUCUUUCCCUGCUUUGGCUUUCCUCCUCACUUUUUCCCUCAGCCUCUCCUUCUUGUAUGUCAAUAUAACCAGUUUGUUUCUUUCAGGUGGAAAGGAUGAAAUGAACUCAUACAGCUGUGACCAGAAUUUUAUUUUCCUGGGUAGAUUUCUGAGAAUUGUGAAUGAAGUGAGCCCAUUUCCAGUUAUCCGCUUUAUUGCUCCAUGCAGAAAACCUAAAAUUGUUGUGUUGUUUGUUAUUGUACUUUAACUUGUUGCUUAAUUUCUACAUGUUUAUUUUCAGUAAUGGCUGAAAGUGUUAAUUAUUCCAUAUUUUAGCACAAUGUGCUGCAUAUACUUCCCAAUAAGCAAAUAAGGUUACAUGUGUACAGAAUUUCACUUUUGAUUAAAUAUUGCCUGGGUUUUGUCCCUCCCCUCAUUUGAAAUGCUUCCUUUUUAAUGUUUGAAACUGAAAAUAAACAGUUAUUGAAUGAUUUUGAAUUUACCUCAUUUUAGAACUCAGUUUUAAUUUAUUUGGCCUGUUUUUUUUAAAUAUUAGUCACUAAAAAUAAAGUGAAGCACUGUCUUCUGCAACGCCUAAGAAUCGUUUUAUAUAGUAUGUGUACAACAUUAAAGCCUGUUCUACAAAGAAAAUUAUACCAGCGCUCACUUGUCCCUUGCCAUUUUUUCUUGUAAUUAGGAAAAUCGGGGGGAGAAGAAUAAAACAAUUAAUUGUGUUUUAAUUUUACAGCUACCGGAGCUUUGUAUUGCUAAACUUACAUCUGGAAAAGUUUCACAGUGACGUUUUUAAGAGAAUUUUUUAUCUACUGAAUUCUACCAGUGUAACCAUUUUUUCUAAAUAAACAAUAGUUUUCUCAAAUGAA